GAAAUAGGAAUAGUCUCACUCCCGACCUCAAAAGCUUUCCAUAGCUUGAAACUCCGAAACCUUUCCAACCCGGCAAAUGCGCUUGCAAUGGUGAUGUCACAUUUUCUAUGGAAUCGAACGGUUAUACUGCUACUAGUAGCGGUACUCCCUCUUUUUCUUCCCAUUAUUAUUACAAAUUCCAAACUGAAGGAAAUAAUUUUCGCUCGAUCUGAUCAAGAACAAUCUCCCAUGGCCAUUGAAAUAUGUGGAGUGAAGAUUGAGAGGAAUCCUCCCCAGUCCAGACUCGUUGAACUUGGUGUUACGGCAUGGCGCACGUGGGAAGGCGGUCCAAGCAAAUUUCCAUGGGAAUUCACUGCCACGGAGACUAUGUAUCUGCUGGAGGGGAAAGUCAAGGUUUAUGUUGAUGGACAUGACGAAUCGUUUGAAAUUGGUGCUGGCGAUUUGGUCGUGUUCACUAAAGGAAUGAAGGUUACUUGGGAUGUUACUGAAGCCGUGAAGAAGCACUAUAGCUUAGAAAAGUAAUGCAUCUUUUUGUUUUUUUGACAUAGGAAAGUAAUGUAUCUAUCUAAACCUUCGAGCAAUGUUGCUUUAGAAUGUCUUUUGUGGACCGGAUAUUACGGUGCCAAGAUAGUUUUUACUACCCAAGGUUUCAACUCAAUGACUGGAUGUGUUGGAUAUUAAAAUGUUUCCA